AUGAAUCGUUUCAUCCAAAGUUACCUAACGAACAUAUAUCCAAAGGUUCCGCGUAUCUGCCCCGACCCUGCCCUGCCCCCUGCGCUAUCCCUUUCUCUAACUACCGAUGCGGCGUCUGGUACCCAAACUCCAGCGUCUUCGGUGGACUCCGACAUCAUUCAGAGAAUCGAUCCCCGCCUGCUAUCAGACAACCGGAGGCAAGGCCAGAAAAGGUUAAAGGGCAAUCAGCUGGACAAUCUUGAGGAUAAUCGUUUAUGUCGACGGAGUAGUUGGAGUUCUCCAGCUCGAGCUCCGGGGCUAGGUAGCUGGCCGUGCCGACCGUGCCCGGCUCGGGCCGCAAAGAGCUACCCCGCCUGGAUGUGCCUGGACACGCCGACCCUCCAGCAGAACGGAGCGGCGCGGCGCGCUAACGAGGCCAAUUUCUCCUCGUGCAUGACUUUGACACCCAUCAAUGCGUCGCGGAAUGCAGACGCUGCCUCUAUCGUCAUGCCCUUGGACCCUCUUUCGAUCUUCUUAGGAAGCUUACCCCUUGCUCCGAAUCCCCAUCAAGUCCGCGAGGCUCUGAGGCGCUGUCCUGGACGAGAACUUCUCGCCGUUGGAGUAGAGCACGUCCGCCGUCCGCAGAAUCCGCUCGCCGUCAUCCGACUUGCUUGCAAAAUCAGUCACUCUCUGUAA